CAAAAACAAAACUAAGAGAAAGAGGAAAAUCUGGGCAACAAAAACAGCAGCAGUCAUUGUGCAAGGUGUACCUCAAAAAAAGGGGAAACUAGAGAUUAGUUAGACUCACUUGCAUGUUGUAAUAUAUUUUAAAGACUAACCCUACUCACCACUUAUGCACAGGGCAUAAACACAAAAUGCACUCUGGUAAGGGGCAAAGUGAUACUGACAUGGACAGCUGCCAGGACACCAAACAAUGCCAGGCACAGCAGGGACAGAGAGCAGGAAGCAGAGGUAGAACAAUUGUUGGGGGAGGAGUUGAUUCAAGGCUGCAUUCACCAAAACUACAGCUUGCUCUGUACUAGGGGAGUAUAUACCCCACCACACAGAGCAGAAACAAGUGACAGGGGCCUGGAGUGGCUGAGACAGAGACACCCUUUACCCCAUAACAAGACACUGUGCCACCAACAUGAUUUUGAAGCUGGUAUUUUCAGGUAAAAAGGGACACAAUGUUGAUUUAAAAUCAAUAAAACAAUCCCUGCAGCAAUCAGUAAUCUAACCAUUGUACCUUCACAAGACAAACUAAGGUAAAGACUUCUUAAGACUAAUAACAAACACCCCAUUUGCUUGGGUGUAUCCAUUUACAGGUAGUUAUGACAGCAUUUCCAGUAAGUGAAAGUGAAACGAAAUAUGCCAGUUCAUAGCAGACGGUGCUCUCAGGAGGCACAGUUUGCAGUGCUCUACAUUUUAAGGUGUAGAAUUGUAGGUAAAAUGGAUGAAUACCAAUAUCCGUUGUUCUUCGAGGCCAGAGAUUUGACAGACAGAGAGAGGGGGAAGGUCACGAGACACUUUCAGAAAAGAAAGGAUUCUGGGGGAGGCGAAUGUUUGACCAUUGCAAAGGCUGGAGCAAAAACAUACAAAGUAUGUUUCAAGGAAAAAGAAGACCAGGAAAGGGUUUUGCAGAGGAAGUUUCACACCAUCCCCCUUCCUGAUGGAGACUUGCGUCUGACUGUGAGUCGAACCGAUUCACCACAGACGUUUGAUCAGCCCUCAACCAGUCAAUCACAGACAUUCACAAAACCAAACACAAAGACCCUUGAGAAGAUUUUCAAGCCAGAUAUUUUCCUCCUGUUCUACCUGAGAGACAACCUAAAAGCAAAUAAGCUUUUACAGAAACAACUGUCUGUUAUCGGCUGCACAAUGGAGUUUGAUUUAGAUGAAGAAUGGGCAGUGGUUAGGGGGAAUGUGGAUAAAGGGUCUGGAGAUGCCUUCGUCAGUGCUGCUGAGAACUGGGAGUUACAGGUGGAUAGGGUCUUCAUCAGUCUAACUGAGAGAUACCUCUGCUAUCAUGUGGUUGAGCCAAAACAAGCCAAAAUCCUCAUGCAGGACCUCACCUUUGUGACUGAUGAUAUCAAAGUGUACACAGAGAGUGGUUAUCCUGUGAUUGUGGGAGACAAUGAUGCCGUGAAGGACAGGAUUGCAAUACUGGAAAAGAGCCUGCCCACUCGGAGGGAAUUACCAAUUGCGGAGAGGCAGUUCAAAGUGGUGGAAGAAGAGUUUAAUCGAGAAAUUUGUACACAUUGCCCAGAGGUUAAAAUCCACAGAGGCAACGCCACGAUCAUCCUGGAGGGCACUGACAAGGAGGUGAAGUCAGGAGCUACCAAACUUGAUGAACUGAUCAGAAAGGUAAAAGAAAAGAGAGUUAAACUUCCCACAGCAAUACUUACAUUCAUGACAUCCAGUGGUGCCAUCUCCAAGUACCAAGCCCGCUUCCAGCAAAGUCUCAGAAAUCCUGUUUUGAUAGAGGUGGGGUCAGACCUGGUUCUGUCCAGUUUGUCCACAGAUGCCCUGGAUGAAGCUGAGGCUGCACUACAGAGAGACCUAAGUCUGGACAAUGUUCAGCUGCAGGGAGCUGCAGCUGUACCUCCGGAUCUUGACAGAGUGACAGAAAUCCUGAUGAAAGAAAAAAAUGAGGCAAACCUUCAAGAGCUCAGAGUGGACGUCAGCUUCAUCCCAGGACCCAGUGGAGCUGCAGCCACCAAAGUACGACUGGUGGGCUACAGUGAGAAUGUGAACAAGCUCAAAGAACUCCUGCACAACUACCAGAUGAACCAAAUUGGGACGCAAGAACUGCUGAGUCUACCGCAUCCGGAGCUGGUCGACUGCUUUGACAAUGUCUUAAAAAUGAUUGGCAUGAAGCAGAACAAGGUGACCUUUGAAGCCUCACAUUUUCCGUACCCUUCUGUUGUUGUGUCUGGCCCCCGCUGUCAGGUCCACGAAGUCCAGACACAAUUAAACGCAACUCUAGCCAGUCUGACGAAAGACACGUUGGUUCUAGAUGGACCAGCGGCACGGCGGUUUUUCCAAGCAGAGGGCAAAAUGAGCAAGGAGCUAGUGGAGAGCUCCUGUCAGGUUAUUAUCAGGGAACAGCAAGGCGUGUCAGGAACCACCAGCAGCCCUGGCACUACCACUUUGACGCCCAGACUGUCCAUCACCAGACUAAGCUGCAACUAUGCCGGGAGCACUGUGGUUAACAGGAUGAGCCUCGAGAUCAAACUUGGCAAUUUGGUGGAUGAGCAGGCGAAUGUGUUGGUGGCCCCCAUGAUCAGCGGGCAGCUUGCUUCGACAAAUAUUGGCACAUGUCUCGUGAAGAAAGCAGGGAAUGCCAUCAACUCAAAGUUUAACUCUGCGGCAGCGAAUCGCACCUUCGCCCCCGGUGAUGUUCUGCAGGUUGAUGCGCCUCCAUCUCUGGGCUGCUCCAAGCUCUUCUUCAUUGAAUGCUUGCCAUGGGAUGGGGUCAGAGGACAGAGUGUGAAGGCCCUUGGCAAUGGCCUGAAGACGUGUUUGGACCUAUGCGUGCAGCAGAGGGUGUGCUCCGUGGCCUUUCCGAUCAUCGGACCUGGAAUUCUGUUAAAAUACCCGCUGAGAGUAGCCAUUGAAGUGCUGACUGAGAAUAUUCGCCUUUUUGGAUUAUCUGCCUCCACUGGUUCUCUCUCGAGCAUUCACGUCAUCAUCAAACCAGGAUAUCCUGACUCUGAGGAGUGCUACCAUGAUGUGUACAAACACCUCAGCUCAACUUUAAACCAGGGAGGCCAAGCAAUCUUCAAGUCCCUCACCAGUGACCUUGAUGACAUCACAAUGACAGUGGGAGGCGGGGUUAAACUACAGCUGAUUUUUGGUGACAUCACCAAUGAGACUACAGACGUUGUGGUGAACACGACCGAUUUUAAAAAUUUCCAGAACGACGGCGUGUGCAAAGACAUCUUGACUGUGGCCGGACCAGAGGUGGAGGCUGAACUUAAAGCAGCAAACGUGAAGAAAGGUGAGAUUUUCGUAUCUGAGUCUGGAUCGUUCCCUUGCGACGCCCUCUUACAUGUGUGUGGAGAAAAAGACGCAGGUAUCAUCGAAAAACUGGUGUGCGACAUCAUCAGACAUUGUGAAAACUAUGGAUUCGAGUCCAUAGCCAUUCCUGCCAUCUGUGCUGGAGCUGGAGGGUUGGACCCUGGUGUUGUGGCAGGUGCAAUCCUCCGAGGGGUGAAGGCUGCCACGUCAUCUGCAUCUCUUCACUAUAUCACCAACAUCCGCCUUGUCCUGAUUAAGAUCAAUGUCUUCUUGGCGUUUAAAGAGGAAGCGACUCAAAUGUUUCCCACCGCUGUAAUCAACAGAGUGUCAGCACCUCAGAGGCCUCAUGUACAACAACAACAACAACAACAACCGCCCUCUUUGUCAGCAAGCACAGACCUAAGCAUCCUCCAUUCCACCUCCACAAGUCAGAAGUCCGUCUUCCUCUUUCUGGGUCUCUCCAGACAGGAUGUUGACGAUGCCAUGACAAAGCUGAAGUGUGCUUUUCAGGCUCAGUGCUCCACUCAAACCCUCAGACAUGAGGAACUGGUAGGCCUCACCCAGGACGACGUAGAGGAUCUGAGGCAGCUGGUGGAGUCACAUGGUCUGAACAUACAGAGGGACCAGUCUGGGCCGGAAAGCUUGACAGUGAGUGGGUUCAAAGAUGGAGUCAACCAGGUGACAAAGAAGAUCAAUGACUCUCUGCAAGAGUAUCUCAGAAGAGAGGUGAGAGCCAGGGAGGAGGAGGAGCUGUUCAGCCGUGUGGUUUGGUGCAUCCUGGGAAAUAAUGGCAAGUGGGAGAGACUCCCUAAAACAGCAAAUUACAAACUGGAAAACAAUGAUAUAGCUGGAGGGAUUGUUGAUGCACAGGGCACUGAGUGGAGUGUGGAUGCACAGAGGUCGGGGGCUUCGAGACAAAUAAGUGGGCAAACGACAAAGCUGAAACGACUUGUGAAUCAUGCAGACUUCACCCUCCCUCUCGAAUGGAACAACAUGGCUGCUAGUGAAGCUCUCAAGGCGGUUGUACUGCAGCCUUCUUCUGCAGAGUACAAGUCAGUGAAGGAGGGCUUCAAACGGACAGUCAGCAAGACUGUGAUGAAGAUCGAGCGCCUGCAGAACGUUCAUCUGCGGCGCGCCUAUGAAGCACAGAAGAAGCACAUUUCUGAUAACAGAAGGCAGGAGGGUGGAGCAGGUGAAAAGUUUCUGUACCACGGGACGACCCAGGAAAACUGUGAUUCCAUCAUGAAAACUGGGUUCAACAGGCGCUUUGCAGGACAGAACGCUACUGCAUAUGGUCAUGGAACCUACUUUGCUGUAAACGCCAACUACUCAGCACAAGCACUCUACUCGAAGCCCGCUGCUGAUGGUUCUCAGUUAAUGUUUGUGGCCCGAGUCCUGACUGGCGUCUACACUCAGGGAAGCAGCGACAUGAAGGUUCCUCCUCCUCGCAGUAACAGUCAGCCCCACGACCGCUGUGACAGCGUGGUGGACAGAAUAGACAACCCAUCGAUGUAUGUUGUGUUCCACGACAACCAGGCGUACCCAGACUACCUCAUCACAUUCAAGUGAGGGAGGCUGCAGAAAGGAUUGUUCAUGACAACAAAAUGAAUUUCACAUAUACACACCACACCACAGAGGCCUUACGUCCAAACCAGUGAGAGAAAUUAAAUGAACCAGGAGCUGUGAAAAUGAGAGCUGCACAUUUUUGGCACAAAGACCUCACUGAAGGUAGAAGUUCCUCAUUAAAUGAAUGAAUGAAUGAUUAACCAAUUAUUAAAUUAUUGUAGCAUUUAGCAUGCAUGAUGUGUCUGAUUUGGGGUGACUUUUGGCGCAUUAAAUCACUGCCUAUUUAAGAUAGAUGCAACCUUUCUCUUUCUAUAUCAAUACCGAAGUACAAUCAUGUUAAGCUCAACCCAUAACGACACAGUUCUUUCUUAUAUUGCAUUGAUGUACUGUACUGUUCGCAGACUGCCGGCCUCGGCCCAGCUGCCACUGCCACUUUCACACCUCCUGUAAUAUAGAAACUAGAUACAGGGCAAAAAAAAGUUCUCCAGCUUUUGGGUUUACAUCCCAGUUAUGGGGCGCACUGACUUACCCCCUGCUCGUCAUUGUGAUAAUGUCACAGAUUGUAAAAUCACUUCUCAGGGCUCAAGACAAGUUUUACAAACGUGAAACCUCAGCAGUUAAAAAAAAUAUCAGAUUGUAAAGAGUCAUAAUCUACUGGAUUUAGGCAGGCACUUUAGUUCAUAGCACAGCGCCGUUGAAAAGAGUUCUCACACUGUGACUUGGUUAGUGAACAUUUAAAACGCGUGUUCAGGUCAGCAGCUUCUUUUUUUUUUUGCUGCAGCUGCUUAUUUGGACCUUUUCUGUUGUUGGAUUCUCACACAGUUUGUCACAACUUUUUUUUAUGUCAGUUUAUUUUUAAUCUGUGUGGAAUGUGACUUGAAAAGUGGCAUGAAUUGCAUUAAUUUAGAUAAUAAUAAAAAAAAACAAAGACUCCAAAAAGUACAAGUAGCGAGAGUAGUAGUUAGUAGUUGUCAUUAUAAAUAAGCUAAAUCUAAACAGAUAGUUUUCUGCUCAGCUGUUUGGGUAAUCUCUUGAAUUGCAAAUGCAAUUUUUCAGUUUCUUCAAGAAUUAUGUCUGAAUGUGUGUUUGGGAAUUCAUGGCCUUAUUACCAAUCUGAUUAUUAAUAAAGAAUUGCCAAAUCAUU